AAGCGAUAUCCAGCGCGUCUAUGUUCCGCCCUUACCAACACAUUACGAUUACAACAGUUUUAUCUGAAAAAAGACCAAAGAUAAAACACAAUGUUUACAAACAGGGACCGUCUGUUUGAGCCAAGAACAAGAAAUGUUUUGCCAUAUCGCUUUGGAAGAAAUUAUAAUGGGAAUUUUGAUGGCUCGGCUCAAUGGGAUAGGUUGCCAGACGGAAUUCUAGUAAAGAUCUUUUCAAAACUCGAUCAAAAAGAUCUGAUGAAGGCGGCGAGGGUUUGUCAGUCUUGGCAGGAGGUUAUCAACUCUACCGCUCUUUUUUGGAGGAAGAUACAUCUGAAGUUACAGCGCAGCAAAAACAAAAAGUACUGCCAGAAAGCGGUCCAUCACAUUAGAAAACGCGGAAUCUACUUUCGGGAAUUGUCGGUUACCUGCUGUCAUGGUAAUGAAACUACGGGCUUUGCGCAGACGAUCGAUUGUUUCUGUAGACUUGUGCAAACUUUACCAAUGCAACUGAAUCUGACGAAGUUGAAGAUAUCCGACCUACGAUUACACGGCGUGUGGAAUAACUUGGGGCUAGUUCGUAAAACGAUGAUACACUUGCUGUCGAGACAAGAUGAACUGGAAUGUUUCCAAAUGUCGUCUGCGCGGUGGCCGAUCAGAGAAGGCAAGAGCAUCCUCAGAGCCCUCUUCACCGUGUCUAAAAGAACCCUACGGUCGCUGGAAAUCGAUGGGUUCUUUGAACCGGACGCCGCCAGUCAAGGACCGGAUGUGUUUGAUGAAGUGUUCGCCGGAAUCCGUUCUCUGAGUCGCUUGACAAAGCUGGGGUUGGACUACGGGCUCAUGAGUGACGUUUUUCUGCUAGAGCUCCCCGGUAGUCAGGCAACACAGCUGAGGGUAUUGAAGAUAAGUACAAAGCUGGUAGAUGGUAGCACCACCAUUGUAUCAAGAAAAAGUUGGGAGACCUUGACGACGGCUAUUCCAGCACUGAAAGUGACGUUUACCAUUGAGGGUGUCUAUUCCCUGAUUAAAAUGGUCCGCAUCUUAAAUCCCGCCAUACCGGUCAAGAAGAUAAGACUGAUGCUACAGACAGGACCCAACGAGCCUGAGGUGGGGAGCGUGACAACGGCGGCCUUGUUAGGGCAUAUCACAAUGAACUUCAGACAUAGUUUGAACAAGUUUGAACUGGACAUUGGAAAGAAAAGUGGAUUUAUUGAUCUGGCGUUUAUAGGGCUCGUGAGGAAAUGUACCCAUCUGAUAGAUGUAAAGACCCCGAAACAGUUCAGUCAUCCGGAAUCGGAGAGGGUUGUCCGGGCUUUGAUUGAACAAAGACGGCGAAAACGCGAGAUGCGGUUAACCAGAAAUUUGGCCAACAAACGAGUGAAACAAAACCCGGUAGACCAAGCAGGACCAAGCACAGCUAACGCCACAAUACCGGAGGGGCUGUCUACAAAAUGAGACCUAGACUGUUGCUGACCUAAGGGAAAAGACAAGUGGACAAUGAGAUCCGACAUUGAGUGAAACGAUAAUCAUUACAUCUUUCAUAUUUAAAAGGAAAACAUUUUUUUUCAACUUUGAUAAAUAACCAAAUGAUUUUUAAAAGACGUAAAAUAAUAUUCGAAAAAGAAUAUAAUACAUGUUGUAAAAUUAUACAAGGGAUAUUAUAAAGAGUAUAAACACAUUAAACAAAACAGUUUUACAUCACAAAGCCAAGCCAAAAAUGUACUAAGAUUAAUUCAAUUUAAGCAACAACAAAAAUAUAAUGUAUGCACAUUUGUUCAUGUUUAGCAUCGUGUGAAAGUAGAGUGAAGUAGAAAAGAAUGUUAUUUUAAAGUUAUUCAUCAGCUUCACAAAACCAAUCGGUUUUUGCGUGCAAGUUUAUCUUGUGAAAUUAGUUAACAAUGUUUUUUACAAUCAAUGUGCUGAAUAUUUUAUUCAGAAUACUGACAUCAAAUCAUCUUUUAUAACAAAAUAAAUGAUACACUA